UUAUUUAGAAAUACUGUGUAUUGUAAUUUAUAGGCUAGUGAUUAUAUGACCUCCUUGCUUUAUCCAUGAUCUUUCCUUUCCUGUAAUCACAGUUCACACCCUGUUCCUCCCACAAUGGUACAGCCCCUUCCAAAUGGACACGUCUGAAGUGCAAAGUAAUUGGUUAAUCUGGUGACCGAGUCUGCGUUCCCUAUCGGUGAUUGGAGCGUCUGCACGUCGCACGGACUUGGAUGCUGCGACCUGAGGUUGAGCAGGCUGGAUUCAGAGUGAAGCAUCUGCCCCUGGCUGCAGCAAGUGUUCGUCUCAUUCAACGGAUUGGUGCUGUUGUAGUCUAUCAUAAAGUAACCGAAAAGGCGUUUUGGAGCCGUAGGCCUUUAGGAGAGAGCCAUCAUGUCUUCCAGUUCAGCGACAACCAGGAUCCUAAUCAAGGGUGGCAAGGUGGUGAACGAUGACGUCACGCAGGAGGCGGAUGUGUACAUUGAGAACGGCAUCAUCCAGCAGGUGGGGGAGGGGCUGAUGAUCCCAGGAGGGGCCAAGGUGAUUGACGCCUCUGGGAAACUGGUCCUCCCCGGGGGGAUUGACACCAGCGUGCACCUGCAGCAGAGUUUCAUGAACGCUACCACCGUAGACGACUACUAUAGCGGCACCAAGGCAGCCCUGGCUGGAGGUACCACCAUGGUUAUAGGACAUGUAUUACCAGAGAAGAAUGAAUCUCUACUGGAAGCCUACGAGAAGGCCCGCUCCCAGGCCGACAAUAAAGCCUGCUGCGAUUACGCCCUGCAUAUGGGGGUCACCUGGUGGGGGCCCAAGGUGCGUGCUGAGAUGGAGAGCCUGGUGAGAGAUAAAGGGAUCAACUCGUUCCAGAUGUUCAUGGCCUAUAAGGACCUGUUCAUGCUGAGGGACUCAGAGCUUUUCCAGGCCCUACAGAACUGUAAGGACAUCGGGGCCGUGGCCCGUGUACACGCUGAGAACGGAGAACUAGUGGCCGAGGGAGCCAAAGAGGCAUUGGACCUGGGAAUCAGUGGCCCAGAGGGCAUUGAGAUCAGCAGACCAGAGGAACUGGAGGCAGAGGCCACCCAUCGGGCGAUCACCAUCGCCAAUAGGGCCCACUGUCCUAUCUACCUUGUCAAUGUGUCCAGCAUGUCAGCAGGAGAUGUGCUUGCCACAGCCAAGAUGCAGGGUAAAGUGGUCCAUGGGGAGACGACCACAGCCCAUGCGGUGCUGAACGGUCUGCAGUACUACCAUCAGGACUGGGCCCAUGCUGCAGCCUACGUCACUGUUCCUCCUCUACGCCUGGACCCAAACACACCCAACUACCUGAUGAGUCUACUGGGAAAUGACACACUGAACGUAGUGGCGUCUGACCACCGCCCCUUCACCACCAAACAGAAGGCUAUGGGCAAGGACGACUUCACAAAGAUCCCCCACGGAGUCCCGGGCACCCAGGACCGCAUGAGCGUCAUCUGGGAGAGAGGAGUGGUCGGAGGCAAGAUGGACGAGAACCGUUUUGUUGCGGUGACCAGCUCCAACGCAGCUAAGAUCUACAACCUGUACCCCAGGAAGGGUAGGAUCAUCCCAGGGGCUGACGCUGACGUGGUGGUCUGGGACCCUGAAGGGACCAGGACCAUCUCUGUGGACACACAGGUGCAGGGUGGAGACUACAACCUGUACGAGAGUCUUCGCUGCCAUGGUGUCCCACUGGUUACCAUUAGCCGUGGUCGUUUGGUCUAUGAGAAUGGAGUGUUCACGUGCUCCGAGGGCUCUGGGAAGUUCUAUCCUCUCAGAACCUUCCCUGACUACCUCUACAAGAAGAUGGUGCAGCGGGAGAAGUGUCAGGCCCUGAAGGCCGUGGAGCGUGAGCCCUACGUAGGAGAUGUAGCGUUGAUGAAUUCUGGGAAGAAGGACUGUGGACCAUGUGAUGGGGACACUCCAACACGACCACACACCAAGCACGGAGGACAGAGAGACCUGCAUGAGUCCAGCUUCAGCCUCUCUGGUGCCCAGGUUGAUGAUAAAAUCCCAAAGAGAUCUUCUGCAAGGAUUCUGGCCCCCCCAGGUGGUCGAUCCAGUGGCAUCUGGUAACUGUGUGGAAAGAGUAGUGAGUUCUAGAACCAAACAAUUACUGUAGUUCUCUAUUAGAAUGAAACCUGAAGGAAAGUUCAGGGUCAACUAAGACCAACGGGCUUGUUACGUUCACCCAGAAAGCAUAGAAAGAAAGUAAAAUCUUACAUGUUAUUUCAAAAACGAACUCACGUAUUUAGUGUAUAUAUGACGACAGGGUCUGAGUAACAUUCAUAUGACAUUGAUGUCAUUUUAAUAUUUCUUGGAAUAUCUGCCUGUAUGGUCAAACCCUGAACAAUAUUGGGCUUAACACAUUUUUGACAAAUCUAAACUAAAUUUGCACGGUAGCUAAGUUGCUAGUUGACUGUUUUGGAUAAAUGUAUGUAUUUUAGAGGAAGUACUCAAUGUCAUUAUACACUAAUGGUUUUAAGGGGGAUGAGGGGAGGAUGGGGUGGAGUUGUUCAUUGGUUUACCUCACUGUUUAACCUACAAUAUUGCACUUGUAUCAUGUACUACUUAGCUGCCUUUUCCUUACAUGAUUUUAUGUGUAACAAAACAACUUUUUCUACCAAUACAGAACAGUCAUGAAUUCACGUGAUUAGUUAUUUACUACACAAUAUCUCAAAGCACUUGACAUGAAAUAACGUGAUUCCAUUUGUCUAAUUUUGACAAAAAGUCAAAUGCAAGCUGAAUACUUAAAAAAAAAAAAAAGUUUUUAUCUUACGAUGUUAUUUGAAAAGAUGUCAUUCCCCUUUACAGCGCUGUCAAAAGUCUAAUCAUGAGUCCUGAACAACUAAGGAUGACAUCGGGCAUCAAAAUACCUAGGCCAAGUAAGUUCAGAGUCGUUAUAGCUUCUAUGUUGCUGUUUAGAGUUGAAUAUCGUAGCACUCUCUUCCUUCCUGGUCAUCUCAUCUCCCAUCAAUGUGAAUGAACCUACGCUGUGUUUACUGUAUGUAUGUUGUGGCAUAGAACAAAUUAUAUGUGAGGCACUGAUAUGACUCAUAUUUAGCAUCAUUCUAUGUGUAAGUGGUGAUAUGAUAUUUCUUUACUUUUCUCUGUCUGUUUAGCGACAAGUUUAGCUAGCUUCACUCGGAAAUGCCUUUUUCUCACAAGAGAAGUCUCACAUUAAACACAAAUACAGUUACUCGAGAUAGCAUGUUUAUGAUUGUGAUUCUUUUUAGGAUGUGCAAACUAACUACUGAGCACAUAACACUUUUAUGUCUUUGGGAUUCUUUUUUUUGUUUGUUUACAACACUGAGGGAAUUCUGGUCUUGCACUGAAAAGUAUUUGACAGUUUUCUAUAUCUUUUGGGUUGACACUUCCAAUGUUUUAACACUGUCGAUUGGGUAAGAGAAGUGCAUAAUCUAAUUUGAUUGAAUCGUGGGUAUUGAAAUGGAAAUGUACAAAUGCAAGUUCUUCAGGUUUGUUAUGUGUUUAUGUCAUAAUGUCAUUCAACAAUGCACUGUCAUUAUAUUACUGGGCGGCAUGCUUAUUCAAGAUUGUGUCAACGAAAACCACUGAUGUUUUUUGGGGUUUCAAAUUGUCUUGACACUGUUCCAUUGUAAGCUACAGUUAUCCACAUAUCAUAUGACUUUUUGUUUGUGAAGAAUAUACUUUAUUGUUUUGCCAUAGUCCAAAACCACACUGUACAUGAUAUGACUGCAGUGUAAGAGGUCCUCACUGGUGCUGAAUAGCCUACUGUGUUUUCACUGAGGUUUGGUUUUGUUUUAUCCUAUGUGUUCUUGCAGCUCUUUAUCACAUGAUUGAGUGCAAAUAAACCACACGGAAAUUUCAA